AUGAAAUGGUUUCGAAGAAAGAAGAAGUCAUCAAAGGAACUAUCAGAUAAACCAACACUCGUACGAAGCUAUACAAAUCGAGCAGACCGAGGCAGAUAUGCAGGGCCUUAUGCAACCCCGCGUGGAUCAAGCAUAACCAAGCUUCCCGAUAAACUUCUCGAACGUAUCUUCAUCCUCGUAUGUCCUCAUUCUCAAGAUGAAACUUACGAGACAUGCGAACAAUCUUCGCUCGAUGAUUGUUGCCCAUUAUGCGAUACGAGAGAUUUGGCACAUUGCGCGCAAGUUUCAAGGAGAUGGAGGAAUACGGCCGUUCGGGUUUUUGUUCGGAUUGAUGCCGUCCAUUUCUGUGAACUCGAAGAGAUAUUAUCGGAAAAGAGAAAACAUAAAGGUCGAUUCAAUCGCAAUGCGGAACCAGAGGAAACGCCCACCGUGAGGUUGCAACUUCUUUGCAGAACGAUUCGCGAUAAUAGAUCGUUGGGAGAAUUGAUCGAAUUCCUCAAAACACCAUACAUGACCAGAGGAGCCUGUAAAGCCGAUCUUGCGCGAAGUGUUUCGGUCUGUCCCAAUAUCCGAUACCUUGAUCUUCCCGAUGGUUUAUUCGCAGAUGAUCCUUCCUGUCACACACUCAAACUCGAAAUUCAAGCGCGAUGUCCAGAUCUGCGAAAGAUGACAUAUAUGACAGGCUCUGAGAGAAGUCUUGAACAAUUGGCAACGGGUCAGGUUUGGAGAAAUUUGGAGGUAUUGGAAUUCACAAGGCUUAAUAUGGAUCCUACAAUCAUUCGCCGUGCUUUGGGGACGUUAACUGGGCUACGUGCUUUGAAAGUUACUGACACGAAGACUUUUAAUGAUGAGGUUUUUCAGCACAGUGAUUACCUACCACCAUUUCCAGCUUUCACCGAAUUGGUCUUCGAAAACACACCUAAUGUCACUGCCGACGGCUUGGAGGCAUACCUAUUCCGAACAGACACCCAACAGAGACUCGCGAGUCUCUCAUUGACAGAAACAGGUAUCCAUCCUCCAACCUUGCAUAGGAUUGUCGACAACGCUCCCGUAUUGACAUUUUUGUCAAUUGUUGAAUCGGUCCAAGCAUCCUUCCCAGCCCUUCAAAAUAUCCCACCACUUACCUCGAUUUCUCUGCACACUUUGCACUACGAAAUCACAUCAUCAUCCUCAAAUGCCCCCAAGAGCAUUGUACAAAGUCAUUACUCAUAUCUUACCACCUCCCUAAUUUCCAAUCGACUUCCUGCGCUUCGAGCUCUUUACGUCCGCGAUUCCGAUUUCCCAGAAUCUCUGAUUGAUCUCGCACCUCCAGCCCCGGCAUAUGCGUCCGAUCCAGAUAAUUUCGUACCACCUAAUCCCUUCGAUCGUAACUCUAUUGCAUCUUUUGCACAGCCUAAUAACAAUCGAUUCAGCUCCAACAACCCUUUUGCAGCUCAGGCCAACAUGGCCCCAAUGAUGCCGACUGGACUGGGACUCAAACAGGAACUGGAGGUUUACAGUAAGGGUCUAGAUGAAAUGGAAUGGAAUUUCGCCAAAGUUCAACCACCAUCUGCACCUGGUAGAAGAGGUUCUGCAACAACAGCAAGGCCGAUAAGUGGAUUUGGGCUCGGUGAUAGUAUGGGUAAAUCAUGGGCUCCAGGUCACGGCGCAAGAAGAAGUGUCAUUGUCGGAAAUGGAUUUGGUGGUUUCCUCGCCGUACCUGCGGAUGAAGCUCCCAGACCCAGCAGCUCAGCUGGUGAAAAGAAGAUACAUUCCAGGAAAAACAGCAGCCAAGAUUUAUGGCGGUGA